UCAGACGGAACAGCAGGUGAAAUUAGCUCACAAUCAGCCGUCACCGCUAAUGAACUUCAGUCCUUAUUUGGAAUCGACUUUCGGUCAAGCCAGCUCAAGCCAUCCUUUCCAUACUGACAAAGUAAAAUAAUAAUAAAAAAAGAAGAAAAAAAAAAACAACAACAAAACUCGGAUAACAUUCAUUACACGUGCACGUGACGUCAGUUUAGUGCGCAUGUUUUAAAUAUAUUACUGUGCUUCUGUUAAUUUUGUACCGCACACUUUGUGAGGCCUACGCACAGUAGCUCGAGGCGUGCUCGGCGUGUUGAUGUCGAGAUGGCGGCGGGAGUUGUGCAGUCGCUAAGUUUGGAAUCUUUGCAAGAAAAGCAAAAAGAAAAAUCUGUUAGGUUGCAUGGGAAAGAAAUAGCUACAUCCUUGGGAAAUUACAUAAAGCACCCCUUACAAAACAGGUGGGCACUUUGGUUCUAUAAGAAUGACAAAAGUAAAACUUGGCAGGCUAACCUGCAGCUUAUUACAAAGUUUGAUACUGUUGAAGAUUUCUGGGCACUCUACAACCACAUUCAAGUGGCCAGCAAGCUAUCCUCUGGAUGUGAUUAUUCUCUUUUUAAGGAUGGUGUAGAGCCAAUGUGGGAGGACAGGAGGAACAAAUGUGGUGGAAGAUGGUUAAUCACUCUGUCAAAACAGCAGCGGCACACUGAGCUUGACAAGUUUUGGCUGGAAACCCUCUUGUGCAUUAUUGGAGAGGCUUUUGAUGAUCACAGUGAUGAUGUGUGUGGAGCUGUCAUCAAUGUCCGAGCCAAAGGUGAUAAAAUUGCUCUUUGGACUACCAAUACUGAAAACCGAGAAGCAGUUACUUACAUUGGGCGCAAGUUCAAGGAGUGGUUAGGUCUGCCUGCAAAGUUGGUAAUUGGCUAUCAAGCACAUGCUGAUACAGCAACAAAGAGCAACUCCAUUACAAAAAACAAGUUUAUUGUCUAAAGGAGAACAUGAAACUUUGGAAGUAGAAUGUUGGCUCAGGAAAUCUCAUCUUCAGUGACUUUCACAGCUGAGUUGGUUUCUAUAUAGAAUCUUAUUUGGUUUAAUCUUAGAAUUAUAAAAUAAUGGUAUACCUAUAAAUUAUGUAUGUGAGAGUAAUUUAAACUAAACUAUAAUCUUGGUUUAACUUUUCAUGGCCUUGAUAUAGCAACACAGAAUAUUUUAAUUAAUGAAAAGUUUAUUUCCUCACCACUCUAUUGCAUUGUGGCCUUUGUAAAAUGUGAUGUUGUGUUCCUUUGCCCAAGCUAGAUGUGUUUAAUACAUAUUUAUAGUAAACACUGCGAAAAGGGGCUAAAACUUGGUAGUGUG